GAGCGCAGACCGAAACCACCACCACCACACAAAGACGCGUAAACGUGGUUUCCAUCCUGUCCUCUCUUUUUUCAUCUCUCUUCUUCGCUUCCGAUCAAAGCGGCUUUUGCUUCUGUGUCUCUCUCUGGUAAGAUCUUUGAUUACCUGUGUUUUUUCAAGGAGAGACACCGUCAAAACCAAAAAUAGAAAGAAAAAUGACGAUCUAGAGUUUCGAUUUGUGAUUUUUCCAACGAAACUCGUUUUUUUUCAAUUAUUUUGUUAAUUUUCUCGCAAAUUGUUCAAAUACUUGUUUGUUUGCUUAAUAGAUUUUGUAUACCCAGGGUUUUGUUAAAAAAAAAUUGAUUAGGGUUUGUGUUUGGAUAUCUGUGAAAGAAGUUGUUUUGUUUGUUUCCUUGUGAUUUUUUAUAUUGAGAAGAGUUGUGUGUUGUGGUUGUUAAUAAUAUGGCGGCAGGGCGGCUCGAUGUGUCUUGGAGAAGGGGUGGUGGCGGUGGUUAUUUUGAUGAGUUGAGGCGGGGUGGUGAUCGUGGUGUGGUACGGAAAAAUGGGUAUCAUAGCUCAACAAGAGUGCGUAGUUUUGAUUUUAAAAGAAGUGGGUUUAAUUGUAGAGAUGAAGAGCGACAGUGCGGGGAAUUAUGGCAAUUUAAUGCCUUUGGUGAUUCCCCGAGGUAUGAGGAAGGUGAGAUAUCAGGGAAUGAAGAUGGGGUUCAGUUACCUCUAGAGAAGAAGAGGAGGUUUUCUCCUGUUGUAUGGGACGCAGAGGAGAAAGAAGCGAGGAUUUCUUUGAAGAAUAGGGUUUUUCAAAGGAGCGGUACUCAGGGUUUAAAUGUUGUUUCAGAUGAGGAUGUCGUUAAAAGUUCUUUCAGAGGAGGAUUGGAGCUUGUGGUAGAUGAGGAUCGUGUGGAUGGAGGAUCAGUUGAUGGUAUUGAAUCUGAGUAUCCAGCUCCUCAGUCUCCUUCAUUGCCUCCAAAGAAAGAUGGGGGUUAUGGCCAAGAUCAAGACCAAGUGGAGGAGGAAGAGCUUCCCAAUUCACGGAAUAUAGCCAUGUCCCGGUGGGCAUCUGAUGAUGAUUCUCCAAGGGAUACGACUUUGGUUGAUGAUGAAGGCAUGCAUGGAGAAAUUGUGUGCAGAACAAAUUCCAUUGAGAGAGAGGGGUGCCAGAGAGAAGUCUCAGAUAGAGAUAGAUCAAGUUCACCUCUAACGGAUGAAAGAGGUUACAGCAUCAGCUUUACUUCUGAGUACGAAUUGCAAAAUGAUGCCAUGAAUGUUGAUGAUAUAGGGGAUGAAAAUGCCAGUGUUAAUGAGAUGGAGCAAACUGAUGGUUGGAUUGAUGAGCCCACAACUACUACCCAAAGGGGGGUUAAUAUGCUAGAGGGUUGUAGAAGUGUGUUCAAGUAUGAAAGACUCAAUGAAAUCAACGAAGGAACCUAUGGUAAAGUGUACAAAGCCAGGGACAAGAAGACUGGAGAAUUUGUGGCGUUGAAGAAAGUGAAGAUGGAUGUUGGAAGAGACAGGUACUUGGAAGAAUAUGGUUUUCCCCUGACAUCAUUGAGGGAGAUUAACAUUCUUAUGUCUUUUGAUCACCCUUCAAUUGUAAAAGUUAAAGAAGUUGUGAUGGGGGACCUUGAUAGUGUUUUCAUGGUGAUGGAAUACAUGGAACAUGAUCUCAAGGGGCUGACACAGGCAAUGAAGCAGCCUUUCAGUACAAGUGAAGUCAAAUGCUUAAUGCUACAGCUUUUGGAAGGUGUCAAGUAUCUUCAUGAUAAUUGGGUGCUUCAUAGGGAUUUGAAAACAUCAAACCUUCUUCUCAACAACAAGGGAGAGUUGAAAGUAUGCGACUUCGGGAUGUCACGCCAGUAUAGUAGCCCAUUGAAGCCAUAUACCUCUCUGGUGGUUACUUUGUGGUACAGGGCACCUGAACUUCUUCUUGGAGCAAAGCAAUAUUCAACAGCAGUUGACAUGUGGUCAGUGGGUUGCAUAAUGGCUGAAAUGUUGACCAAGGAACCCCUAUUCACAGGGAAAGGUGAAAUUGAUCAUCUGGACAAGAUCUUCAAGACUCUUGGAACACCAAAUGAGACGAUUUGGCCCGGGCUAUCAAAAUUGCCGGGGGCAAAAGCAAAUUUUGUUAAGCAACCGUAUAAUCAGUUACGAAAGAAGUUUCCUUUCACGCCUUUCACAGGAUCUCCAGUUCUCUCUGACUCAGGAUUUGACUUGUUAAACAAACUCCUAACUUAUGACCCGGAGAAGAGAAUAACAGCAGAUGAUGCGCUUAAUCAUCCUUGGUUUCAUGAGGUUCCUCUACCAAAAUCAAAAGAAUCCAUGCCUACUUUCCCCCCUCAGUAUGCAAAGAAAAGGCAUAAUCAAAGAACAAUGAAAUGCCUAGAUUCCAGGAGGAGCAGUGAAGGAAGGCAGUACCAGGUGUUAUCUGGCAUGUAUUGGUGCAUAUCAUCCUCUGGGAUUUACAGCCUUCUUUAUAAUGAUCCUCUACCCUCUUUGACCCACAAGGUCCUGAGUAUUGACCUUUUUUCUUUGUCUUUGAUUGUUCUGUUCUCUUUGAAUCAGCUUGAGUUCCGAAUGAGUGCCAAAUAUUCUCAACUCAGUUAAUUGAUUAGAUCUAAUUUUUACAUUUAUUUUCAUUUAAUGUUAAAACUGUUAUUCACUCGUUUUCUUGAAUAUUCACACUUUGUUUGCAAGAGAUAACUGGUGUAAGACAAUGGAUUGGGGGUCUGAUCUUUCUGGCUACCUGCAAGGUACUUGACAUCUUUACUAUUAAGUAAUCUGUUAUCUUUUGUUUUGAUCUAAAUUAAAAAUUUCCCCAACAUUCAGUUGAUUCUACUGUCACGUUGACUCUUUUUAGAUCUCAUAAAAGACAAUAAUAUAUUUGGUAUGGUUGCUUUACAAUUCAUAGUCAGCUUUCUGCUGAUUAAAUUCAGCACAUGAAAACCUUUUUAUGUUUUUUUGCAUGGGUUUAUCAAUUCAUUUUCUAGCUAGUAUAAGAAUAAAAAAAAGUUAUGAUAAGCUGCUGUAGCAUUUGGUUCUCAUUUGAUCUGACAAAAAAGAUUUAUCAUGUAACUAGUGAACUUUGCUUGGAAAGUCUUCUUUAUAGUGCUAAUUUGGUGUACUUUUUGAAACAAUAGGGAUUCAUACCAUCCUUAUUGAACAAAUGGUGGUACAUAUACUUCUCAGUGCCUCACUGAUGUUUUAGUAGCCUGUGUUGGUUUUAAAGGUCUACAAUUUUUUUUUGUGGGACCAAUGUCAACGUCACAACAUGUGGGUAAAAUGUUUCUAUUAUUCUUUUAUUCGUGUUUUUCUUGUCUACUCGUUUUAUUGAUUUGAUCCUUGUAAACUUCUGAGUUACCAGCAACCUUUUAAUGAUGCCUGCUGUAGAAUUUGCUACUACAGCUACCAUGUUCUCAAGUUCUUUUCGUUGGAUAUUCAGCUGGUAUGUGCUUUGAGUGAGCCUCUUGCUCCUUUAUUUUCACUCCAUUAACAUCUCCAUCCUCUGCUUGUGAGCCUGUUCAAUUUUAACUGGAUGUAUUUCUUGUUCCUAGAUUCCUUUUCUUCACAAAAGUGCAUGCAGGUAUGGUGGAAUCUUUCUAAUUCCCUUUAUUUUCACUCACCUGUGCUUUUGCAAUUGCCUGAGUUUGUCCUGCUUACCACAUUCUACUUCAUAAAUGCUUGGAUUCUUGUUUUUCUCACAAUUCUUCGGGAUUUGGAUUUAUAGCAGUGUGUGAAUUCAGGUCACGAUACUAUUCAAGUAGAUAGAAGAUGUUUUCGUGAACAAAGGUGUUAUUGCCUGCUGUUUGAGUCAGCAAGCAACAUGUUAUUAGUGCCUCAAUCCUAAUUGAAUAAUUGUUUAGUUGGCAUGUUUCAGUUCAACUUGACCCCCCCUCCCUGCCGGGAAUAAUGUUCUGUCACGUCAUGGUAAAACAGCCCCAAAACACCGAAAUUUGUUCUUACAGGUAUUUUCCUCGGAAAAUGUGCCUGAUAUGACUCUGAAACACAGGUUAUUUUACGCAUUUACGCCCAAAUUGGGACAUGAUUUUGCUUUCAACCAAACCAACAUCUUCUAGAUGUGCAAUGCCAUUUAUCAACAAUCAUGCGAGCUCUUGUUCUUUUCCUGCGUAGCCAGCAAGUAGAGGAGCAAGAACUCUCCGAUCCUGAAUGUUCAAUGAUGAUGACAAACGCCCAUUGAGCUCUAUGGAUGGACAAGAGAAGUCAAAUCCAAUUCCCAUGUAAGUAAGGCAUAUGUAUGGACCGAAUAAUUUCGUGGUGUCUUGUUACGCGCACAUAAAUUUUGAUGAUCUUCCAUUGUUAGCACAUUCAUCAGUGAUGUCUGGUGAUCUGUUUUAGAAUGGAGCAACAAAUUGAAGAGAUUAAGCC